AUGGAACUUAUGGAACUAGUCGAGAACGAGCCCACAGCUCGUCCCUUCCAGUGUGACUGGCAAUCGUGCACAAAGAGCUUUAAUCGAAAGUCCGAUCUACAGAGGCAUUAUCGUAUACAUACUAAUGAAAGACCAUACGCUUGUUCUAUUCCUGGGUGUGGGAAGAGCUUUAUCCAACGGAGUGCUCUGACUGUUCAUAUUCGGACACACACAGGAGAGAAGCCUCAUCAAUGCCAGCACAUCGGUUGUGGGAAGCGUUUCUCGGAUUCAUCAAGUCUGGCUCGUCAUAGACGAAUUCACACCGGAAAGCGUCCAUAUAAAUGCGCUCACGAUGGAUGCUCCAAGAGCUUUUGCCGCAAAACAACCAUGGUCAAGCACCAACGGAGAUCCCACCAGCAAGGAAUGAACCUUAACGACAUCGACGACUGCUCCUCGGAUUCUGACGAUGACGAGUCUCCCUCCACUCCUCAGCACUCCUCGAUGCCUUGGUCACCUCAUGAGAUGGUUUCCAUGAACCAGGGUGCACCCAGCGGGCCCUUACAUCGUGCCUCCUCUUACGCUGAUUUUGAAUCACAAGUCCAUGGCCAUAUGCACCAGCAUUACGGCAACCGGCAAGGAAUCCCCGCCAGUGUUCCUCAUGAGUACCAUGGUACUCCCGUCCCCGAACAACACCCACACGUUCAGCUCAUCCAUCGAGCAGCAACUAUGCCGAGACAGGCUUACUAUGUCACCGAGGCAGGGAAUCCAGGUGUUGCUACCAUGACAAGCACUGUACCACCUCAUUACCAGCUAUCGCAGCAAGUGGAACGACCUACCAUGGAGCUUCCAUAUUCAGCACCCGGAAUUGCGACCUCAAUUCAAAGCAGCCCAAGCACUUUUUCUGCUACAUCAGUCCCUAGCCCUAUGAUUCCUGAGGGCUUUUACGCACAUCAACCUGGAAGCCAGCCAGCAUACACAACAGCCGAAUCUCAGCCGGCAAUGAUUCAAUACCAGCAACCUAUCCAACACCAUAUGGCUCAGCCACAGCAGCCAGUGGUAUCCCAAGCGCAGCAUAUUCCUCCAACGGCCGGGCACUACGCUCCACCGUCAGCCCACCCACAGCAAGAGCAGUGGCCACACUAUGACCCGCCGAUCGAAGUUACAACCAUCGGACAGUUACCUGCAUAUGGAACUGCAGUUUAUGAUAUUUACGGGCCAAAGAUUGAGUUUGAGGACCCUUCAUUGCAACUACCCAGCAGCAGACUGGCGAGCAUGUGA